AUGGAAUUUGUCAAACGGCUUUUCAGCAGGCGAUAUGCAUCUGUUACCGAAUCUCCAAAGACUUCCGCGCCAAUACCAACUCCUCCCGCUAGCCCCAUACCUGCCAUUAGCGACGAGGACACCAAUUUCCCGGGAGAAUCGAUCCCCGGAGCUUUUCCGCCAUCGCCACCCAAAUCCCCUGGCCUCAAGCCAAUCGAUUCCCAGGGCGACACGUUCGGGCAAGCAGACACCGCUCCCCAGGAUUGGCAGUUUCCGAACCAAGAUGGUCAUAUGCAGAAUGAAAUCGUCACAGAUCUUGGGCCACAUCUUCGUCCGCAUUGGCCUGUAGGACUUUCUCGUCCGCCGACCCCAAAGCGGUCCCCGCCACCGAGUACUCCGAAAGCCGAGCGCGUUCCCAAGAAUCGCACGGAAAUUGUUGACCCUUGGGUACAGCACGCUCACGAAUUUGCAAAGACAACCCGCGGUCGUGUAUCCGCAGUGCAAUUGUUCCGCGCCAAGCAAACUUCAAUCCCAGAAAAUCGUACUAAAUCGUGGUAUGCGGCGGAUUUCGAAAGGCUCGAGAAGGAAAGACUGGCUCGAGAGCUUGACGGCCAACGGCCAUCUAGGGUGGUGCCGUCCGGUCAACCUGUACGAUCACUCUCGCAGAAAUGGGCUUCAAAGGUUCGAGAGGCCGAGAGAUGCAAGCAGAGCCAGGUCGUCGCAACGACGUUAGCCGGUCAUGAGAUUUGCCAAAAGGAUAUCAUAACGUGUGUUCGCCCGAUGGCCUGGCUCAAUGAUGAGAUUAUCAAUUCCUACCUCGCGAUACUCGUUCACUACCUCCGCCAGUUGAAUGGAAACCUGGGGCCCAAUGAUCGGCCUCGUUUCCACUCAUUCAACACUUUUUUCUACUCCAACCUUCGUGACAAAGGAUACCAGAGCGUCGCGAGAUGGGCCACACGUGCUAAAAUCGGCCGCGAAAAUCUGCUAGAUGUUGACACAGUCUUCAUACCUGUCCAUGAGGUCAACCAUUGGACUCUCAUGGUUGUGCGGCCAGUGGAUCGCACAAUUGAGUAUUUCGACUCGCUCGGCUCUGCUGGUGCGUACCAAGUCAAGAGCAUUAAGGCAUGGCUUCGUGGAGAACUUGGCCCGAAAUACAAGGAGGAAGAAUGGACUGUCCUUAAAUCGGUCUCAUCACGACAAGACAACAUGAGUGACUGCGGCGUUUUUCUUCUGAUCAAUGCCAAGGCAAUCGCCCUUGGUAUUGAGCCUACGGCUUUUGGCCCGAGUCAUACCACUCUACUCCGCAGUAAGAUUGUCGCCGAGAUCAUGAAUGGCGGCCUUCAUGGCGAGUUCAUCCCGAAAGACCCCACAGGCACAUUGUUGCUUUGA